CUCUUUGCAAAAGUUCUCGUUAAUGAGAAAUUAUAUGCACUUGCAUAUAAUUACAGCGGUUUGGCUCUUCGAUCGGAUCGUUCCAUAGUGCGUUUGAAUCCACGCGUUCAUGACAAUGAAGAUCGUGGGGAGUACGAAAGACUGGAAAAGCUGAACAUCGAUCCUGGGACGGUUUUUCGACCCACCCGUGCAUUGGGCGACUACUUCCGGCGAGACCUCUUUGAAGAAGUGGAGGAGUUCAAAAAUGCCAAGGGUAGUCCUGUAAUUUCCGAUCCCGAUGUCUAUGAUCACGAGAUAGACGAGUCUUGGAAAUAUCUUAUACUGCUGUCAGACGGUGUGCUACAGAAUCUCAAGGACUGCGGCGUAGAAGACUUCACAGCUGAGGUGGGAGAGAGGCUAAAGAUGCAAACCAAUGUUCGAAGUACAGCACAAGCUCUUGUGGACGAAUUCAGUAGGAAGCAUUACUCAGCUUAUUGCCGAGUGCGUCCUGUUUAUGUUCAUAUAUCUAAUAGCGGUGACCAAGGAAGCAACCGUUGUGAAGAAAUGACUGUCAUUUUCGUGCAGUUAUGGGAUACGAACAAGCUUGUUGACAUGUCUUCUGGAUCCUUCACCGACUCUUUGGAUGCGACAAACUCGUUAUUGACGGGGCCUCUUGCUCCCUAUGUAGAUAUAACGGAUAUAAGUCCUGAGAUUCGAGCAGAACUUGAGCGUUUAUGUCCUGAGAUUCCACCGAAACCUGAGCCUUUAUCGAGUUCUUGAGU